AUUCCUCUGAUUUUCCAGCCAUUUGCUUCUCCCUUUCCUCCUCUCAUCUUCGCUUCUUCCCCUAACCCUCACUCCCCUCUUUAUCUCUGCCGGAUCUCUCUUCCCCUAUGCCCAAACCCACCAUGGAAACCCCAAACCCUUUUCACACUCACCGGAAAAGAGUCAUCUCAGUGCUCCUCAAGGGCAAGAAAUCAGCCACUCAGCUCCAAACCCUACUCCGUAAUUUUUCCCAUGGAUCCCAAGAGCAAUCCCACCUCGUACUCGAAAUCAUGGGAUCUUUCUCCGAGGCUGUCUCCCAGCUCAAGAAUGGCCCGCCGCCGCCGGAUUCCGCCCUCUCCGGCGGCCGGAACUCCGGCGACAACCCGGCCAAGGCCCGCCGAGGAUGUUACAACAGAAGAAAGUGUUCAGAUACAUGGAUCAAUGUCUCUAACACCAAGGAAGAUGGUGGUGCAUGGAGGAAAUAUGGCCAGAAACAAAUCCUCAAUUCAAAAUAUCCUAGGUGUUACUUUAGGUGCACCCACAAGCAUAGCCAAGGAUGCAAAGCAACAAAACAGGUUGAAAGGAUAUCUGAGGAUGAGUACAAGACCAUGUACUUUGGUCAGCACACUUGCCAAGAUUCUUUUAGGGCUCCGGUUCUCGUGAUCAAAUCUAUCUCGACUGUGGAUUCUACUCAAUCGCCGAGCUUUGAAUGUAUCACACAAGAUGGUAAUGGUGGCGGUGAUCACUAUGACGACGUGGUUGUUAAUCAAGAAGAUCAUCAUGAAUUUAAGGAUCAGUAUUGUAUGACUUCAGGGUCCAGUGGGACCAAUAAUCUUGAUGUGGAUGAGAGCUGCUUUGCCAAUUUGGGCAACCUUUUACAAUCAGAGGAAAUGCGACUCUUGGAUUAUUAAGAAAUUAAAAUAGUUAAUUACUUUAGUUUCCAAUAAUAUGCAUGUAUAUUUAGAGUAUGUACUAGGUUGCCUUGCAUAAAUCUAUCACUUCAUCUAUUGCUUUUCAAUUGUGUCUUCAAUGCCAUAAGACACAACCAUGCUCAUGUUGGAGUGAUUUAAUAAUAUUAUUAAAAUAUGUAAUUAUUUACAUAUAGGUGUGUAAAUUUUGCAAGAUAUGAAAGCUGCUUUUACAGAUUAAAA